AUCCAUUCAAGUCUCACGGCAGAAAAAGGCGUCAUUAAAAGGUAAAGAAGAAACUCCUCUCUCGGAGGAGAUGCACAGAGGAAGCCGGCAACAAGUGCCGGCCCUCGGGCGCCCCGGGGAGCUGGCACCGGCUCUGGCCCAGCCUGCGCUGCCUCCUCUCCCUCCCUCUUUGGCACACAUGUAACACGAAACUUCGCAUCUCCACGACAACCAGCAACAAAAAAAAAAAAAAAAAAAAAAAGAAAGAAAGGCAGAGACAACAGCUGGCUGUCAGCAGCGGAGCAGAGAGGAACCGAGCGAGCAGCGAGCCGCAGGAUGAGGGGAGAGAUGACGUGAAAAGUUUAAGAAGACGAAAGAAAAACAAGAGGAGAAGCAGAGCUGGCGGUCGGGAGCCAAGAACAGAAAGCACAAAUCAUUUCACCUCUGCCUCAUCCACCAUGCCUUAGAAUGGAAUCAAAAUUGAAAACCUGUUGACACAGAAUCCUGCAGCACUAAGGAUAAAGCAGCUGUUUCUGGAGAAGCUCACUUGGGCAUAAAGCCUGGAGAGGUUGUGACAGAAUGUCUUCUGAAAGCUUUCUGAAGGAAGUUCAAGCCAUUGGUGAGAAGUUUCUCCUCAAGCUCCAGAAACUGCCCAAGGCUGAGCCAGUGGAGAUUGUCAGCUUUUCUGUGGUUCUUCUGUUUAUUGUUACUGUGCUGGUGCUCACGGUCAUUGCCUGCAGUUGCUGCUGCUGUGGCUGUGAUGGACGCCCUGAGCCCAGACGCAAGAGCCAAGUCAGCCCAGCUGCCCAUUCCUGAAGUGACACGAGCUGCUAUGCAGGACACACAUGGACAUCAGCAUCAGUGCUAUGGGAAUGGCUUUCCACACUAGCCCACUGAAAAUGGCAAUAACAAGAUUAAUGAACACGACUCAAAGGACCAGAAAUCACAGCAGGGAGUUCCUUCUCUCUGUGACAGCCACUACUGUGACAAGGAAGGUAAAGCUCCUUCACCAUCACUGUGUCCCUCUUCUGGGCUGGGAUGGGGUGGGAGGACAUGGACACAGAUUGCUGAGAAAAGAGAGAGCUUUCCCAAAGACAGCCCUGCAGCUGGGCCAGCUGAGGAUCCCCCCAUGGACACGGAGCCAUGGAGCAAAGCAGAGGCCACGCACACAGCCACACACGAGGCACUGCCUGCUCUCCUCACCACAAGGAUGGUACUGGGCAUUAGCAAAACCCAUUGACACCACUGGGAGGUCCAAUUGCUCAGGUCAUCGUGGAUCAAGGCCAGACUUGCUCCAGGAGACAUGUUUAGCUGAGAUAUCUGCUGGAAAGAACAAAUGGUGGACCCUCUCAUCCAGAUGUGCCAGCUGAGGCUCUGAGUACAGCUGGUGUCAUUUCAUUGGUGAUGUGAUGAUGGGAAAUUGCCAAAGGAGAAAACAGAUCAUAUGGAAUACUCUUUGUAAAUAGAAAGAUGAUGGCAAAAGGGAAAAACUCACCAAUCCUAUGGCUUAUUUUGAUCAUUCUCUGUUCAACAUGCUCCCUCUCCACCCCCUGUGGUUCCUCUCUUCUGCUUAUUGCAGAUGAAUGGCUCUUGCAGAGCAUGGGAGCUCCAGGAGAUGAACAAAUCCCAAUCCUUACUUGAGGGAUCUCUGUGCCUGACUCUCUGCACUGUGUGCAGUUUAUUUUAGUAGCCAUGAACAUGAUGCCAAGGGUGUGUUUAUGAGCAAGCACAGAGGCAUUUCAGAGGAGUGACACUUGAUGGGAGCCAUCACUUCAGGGUAUGUGCACAGCAGCUGACAGCGGGCACUGUGACAGAGCAGAGCCAAGAAUGGGCUGCUGGGCUGGAGUUAACAAGUGCAAAUAAAUCCCUCUUCCAUGCUGCAGCCACUGUGCAUGUUUGGUUUACACUCCAGUGAACUUCCGAAAGGGAUUUACCGACACACAAGGCUGAGGCACAGGCCACCCCUUCCACAACUGGCACAGCACAAGAAGGCCACAAUUCUGCACUAAACUCUGAACCACUGGUGUCUCAGCACCAAAUGGGAGACCAGCCAUCUUUGUGAGAAGGUAUAAACAAUUACAUGAAUAUAGAGAAGUCAUCUUUUGCCUCUGUAUCCCAACUAAGUGUAUGUACCAACGCCAAUGUCUAGCUAGGGAGAACAGAAUCAUCAAGGUUUUAACAGUGGGCUUUAAAAUACUCUUUACACUUCAGGAGUUACAGAAAAAUAAAGAAGUCUCUGUAUAGAAAUGUAUUUUCUCUGUUGCCUGCACCCAUAUUAGUAAAAGGCACAUUACUUCA